AUGGUGCUUUUAAAUCACAAAAUUCUCUUCAUUUUCGUUUUUCUUCCACUGGUGAGCAAUGCGACCGCUUUUCGAUUCAAGAGCUUAGACUUCUACAUGCAACUGUGGAAUGGUGAAUUCUUCGCAUCGAGUCCAUUCGGUGGGGGCAGUGUGGAAAAGGUGGACGAAAAAGUGGAAAGUACCGAGCCGACCGCAACGGCCCCGGUACAACACAUAUGGUACAUUAGCUCGUGGUACGAUUACAUCACGUAUUGGGACAAAGUGUUCUGCCCGUUAAUGAAUGACCACCAGCAGGAGGAUGGGGCGAAUCCGGACGGUAGCCGCAAAUCGCCACUGCGCGUCAAAUGCAAUCCAGUGGAAGGGAAUGGCACGAUCUUCGUCAUCACCUCGAUCAAGGACAUGGUGCACGGUUUGCCACACUAUGGCAAUUCAACCAAACGGAACGAGGCGGGCAACUGUUUCCUGAUGUUGUUCUACACGAAAACUUGCAUCCACAGUGCGAUGGUAGCAAUGCACUAUAAUGCACUGGCAAGACACUUUCCCGAUUUGCUGGUGACCGCGAUCGACGCGUACAAUUUCCAUUACCUGAACGGUGAGUUCGGUAUCGUGGGACUGCCGACGAUCAUGCUGUUCCACCAGGGCCGUCCGCUGGUGAAGUACAACGGUACGGAGAUGACGUUAACGUCACUGGCCAAGUUUGUGACACGGCACACCGGCAUUGAACCGCGACUGGUGAACCAAAAGAGCAGCACUACGGUACUGCACUACAUAUCGGACGAUUUCAAGGGUCCGCUCUCGAACAAGGUAGAAUAUCGAACGGACUAUUGGCUGUAUGUGGCGUGGGCAUUUAUUAUUGUGUGCACGUGCUACUACUUUUCGAAAUCUUCACUGUACGCACAGAUCAUUGAAAUGAUCAAGCGAAAUUGGCGAGAAUCGGCAGCUCAGCAUAGUUAA